CAUACAUACAUUGUGGUGAUUGAAGGCCAGGUACAAAGGAAUAUCUUCUCAUUAAAGAAGAGGUGAGGAAGGUCUUGUCAAAGGGAAAGGCUGCUGGCGUGCUUCGAUUGGUUUUCCUCGAUGCCGGAACCUUUGACAUCGAUGACAGUACAGGUUCUGCAACAAGCAAAGACUCAGAUAGAUGUUAUCCAACCAAAUAUUCUUCUAUCUGGUAACUGCUGCUAAUGGUAAGCGAUAAUUUGGUCCAGACCAACAAAUUUUUGCUUAUCUUUAUUAGUAUCUUGGGCGGACAUGAAUAUUGCUGUGGCUGGAGCUGAAGCAGUUGAAGUAUGUGGAGGUCCACCUAUCCAAGUUUCACCGGGUAGAUUAGAUACAUUAACACAAGAACUUGUGGCUUUGUCUGGAGCCCACACUAUUGGAAGUAAAGGUUUUGGAAGCUCAAUUUCUUUUGAAAAUUCAUAUUAUAAGGUUCUUUUGGAGAAGCCCUGGACGUCUUCAGGUGGUAUGUCGAGUAUGAUUGGCCUUCCUUCAGAUCACGCUCUUGUUGAGGAUGAUGAAUGCUUAAGAUGGAUUAAAAAAUACGCAGACAGUGAGAAUCUGUUCUUUGAAGAUUUCAAAAAUGCGUAUGUCAAGCUGGUGAAUUCUGGUGUGGGUGGAAUAGCUUAUAAAUUCAGGAGUUGAAUGUUCCAACUUCCACUGAAGGGGCAACUUGCAUUUUUAUUGACUUUCUAACAGUGUUUAUGCACAGUUGCCAUGAAGUUUUGGGUGUUUUAUUAAAAUGUUUGAACAUCAAGAUCUACUACCCCUUAAAAAAUCAACCUACGAAGUAUGUGCAUUCAGGGCCAAUAAACUCCAUGCGAAAGUCGUUUAAAUUUGAAGUGUGAAGGCUUGAGUGACACAUGGAACAAUUUUUGUAUGAGCAAAGUUCUUUUAAGUUUUAAACACAACCGAACGCAUUUGUAUUAUUUAUUUAUAAAGAAUUCCUUUCAUAA